AUGUACAGUAGAUUGACGUCGGACGGAGGCGAGCGGGACGUCUACGACACGCACGCCAUCGACUUCAAGGAUGAGGGCGGCCUCGAUAGACAGAUAGAGCUAAGUGACAUCUCUCACAGGCAAUUGCGAGGCUCUGCCCAGCAGCGCAUUUCGAGCGCGUGUCUUGCGGUCGCCAAGUCCUCUGUGGUACUGUGGGCCAUCAUCCUCCUGCAAUUCGUCGCCAUAGGUCUCCUUCUCCGCCGUUCCCCCUCACCCCCAGAGGCUCCCCUUUAUUCCCCUGCGAACGGGGCUGUCUCGUACAGAUACCACAGAUUCUUCAACGGCUUUGGGCGCAAUGUCUCUCCGUUCCAAGUCCCGCCCUCCAAGGAACUAGACGAACUCUGGGAGGAUCUGUACAACUUUGGCAUUUCCCGCAUCCCGAAAUCUCAAGCGAAGCUGCUCCCCAACGCCACGGAGGCGAUCCCAGGCGACGAAGAGCACUACGCCAUCGAGCUCGACGUCUUCCACGAACUCCACUGCUUAAAUCGUAUUCGGAAAACUAUAUACUCCGACCACUACCCCGACAUGCGCAUCUCCCUCCCAGGGAACGAAAUCCAUAUGAGCCACUGCCUCGACUCCAUCCGCCAGUCUCUGAUGUGCUCGUCGGAUGUCAGCCUUAUCGUCUGGAGAUGGGACGAAGAGGCCGGGCAGUCGUUUCCCCGGGGAGAUGUCGUCCAUCGAUGUCGCGAUUUUGAUAGGAUCAAGGAGUGGGCGCUGGAGAAUCAAUUGGGCAAUCACUUCAAUACAAGCAUCCACGCGGUGCAUGGCCUGCCAAUGCCGUUGUUAGUGUACUAG